CAGAAUAAACAAAACAGGGAGAGCCUCCCACUGAAAGCGAAGGAAAAAAACCGGGAUAGGGAGUGAAAAUGGAGACGAUAGGGUUUUUGGGAAUGGGAAUUAUGGGGAAAGCUAUGGCCAUUAACUUGCUCCGCCAUGGCUUUAAGGUCACUGUUUGGAAUCGCACUCUUUCCCGGUGUGAUGAGGUAGUCAAACACGGAGCUUCUUUGGGGGAGACUCCUGCAGCAGUAGUUAAAAAAUGCAAGUAUACAAUUGGAAUGCUGGCUGACCCUUCUGCAGCUCUCUCGGUGGUUUUUGACAAGAAUGGUGUUCUUGAGCAAAUAUGUGAUGGAAAGGGUUAUAUAGACAUGUCAACUGUUGAUGCUGAUACUUCUUCAAAAAUCAAUGAGGCAAUUAUAUGUAGAGGUGGUACAUUCCUUGAAGCCCCAGUCUCGGGCAGCAAAAAGCCUGCCGAAGACGGGCAGUUGGUUAUCUUAGCAGCCGGGGAGAAGGAUUUAUAUGAUCAAGUGCUUCCUGCUUUUGAUGUCUUGGGAAAGAAAUCAUUUUUCUUGGGAGAAGUUGGGAAUGGUGCAAAAAUGAAACUUGUUGUUAACAUGAUAAUGGGCAGCAUGAUGAAUGUAUUUUCUGAAGGACUUGUAUUGGCUGACAAAAGUGGAUUGGAACAGCAAACUCUCCUUGAUGUGUUGGAUCUUGCAGCAGUUGCGAAUCCAAUGUUCAAGAUGAAAGGUCCUUCCAUGAUAAAAAACGAUUAUUCUCCUGCAUUCCCUUUGAAACAUCAACAGAAGGACAUGAGGCUGGCUCUUGCCCUUGGGGAUGAAAAUGCAGUGUCAAUGCCCCUUGCAGCUGCUGCAAAUGAGGCAUUCAAGAAGGCAAGGAGCAUGGGGCUGGGUGACCUCGACUUCUCAGCUGUGCAUGAAACCGUCAAGCACACCAAGACGACUUGAUUCUGCAAUUUUAUUCGCAUAAAGGCCUUGUGGACAUCUAUGAGACACGACCAUUCCUUCACUUUCUUUUGUGUCCCCAUGCCACAAAACUCUUUCUUGUACACUCAUUUUAUCUCCCCCCCCCUCAAUGCUCGAAGUAUUUCAUGGAACACUCUUGCCGGGGUUGCAACUUAGAUGGCAAAGGAGGUCAAAAGGAGGUAAUGUCCGAGUUUGGUUCUCCACGUACCAUAGACAGAUCUCACUCUUUAUUUGUGAUUAUAACUCAAUUUAUCUCCUUCUGGGUAACUUUCCGGUCUGUUCGCAGAACCUAGUAAUGAAGUUUUUGUUUUUUUUAAAUUUCAUUGAACACUCACUAUUACUGAACAAAGAGUUGUAUUGCGAUCUUUCACAUUGCUCAUUCAUUCACUCAAAUGAUUGAGGGGAAACAACUUGUGGAUUUGAGGUUAUAGUUUAAUAAGGUCAGCCACUUAUG